AUGGUUCCCUCAACCACAGUCCGACGCCUCCUGCGCGAAGUCCGAGAACUCUCAGCGGCGUCCUCAAAUCCAAAUCCAUCAUUCCAUGCACACCCAGUAUCCGAUGAAGACCUCUUCGAAUGGCACUUCACACUGCUGGGCCCACCAUCUCCUUCGCCAUAUGCUGGUGGGCUCUAUCACGGUCGCAUCUCCUUACCUCUCACCUACCCUCUCAAACCACCCAACUUCCGCUUUCUCACCCCUUCCGGCCGCUUUGAAGUCAAUCGCGAGAUUUGUCUAAGCAUCAGCGGCUUCCACGAGGAGAGCUGGAUGCCGGCCUGGGGUAUUCGAACAGCCCUGGUUGCAUUAAGAACAUUCAUGGGAGAACAGGGUACAGCUGGUCAAGUAGGAGGCAUGGAGGCGAGUGAAAAUUUCCGAAAUGUGCUAGCGAAGAGUAGCAGGCAAUGGAGAUGUGAUGGCUGUGGCGGCAAGACGAACGAGGAGAUUAUGCGAGAUUGGUGGGAUAUCUGUAGGGAGAAGGGCAUCAAUGUCGGGGAAGAGGUUGGGUUGGAGGAGCUGCCUGAGGGUCUGAGACUGGGGUUCAAGGACCAAAUUGGCAAGGAUGAAAAGAAGAAGUCAACUGAGAGGACAACGCCAUCCGAGCUUACAGGCCACUCAGAGUCUGUUGGAAAUAGAGACAUCUCCGCCAGAAAUGGUGGAACAGCACCGGUAGCCUUCAAAGGUACAUCUUCAACGAGCGAUCCAGCCCGAACGAACGCACUUUCAGAGCCCUUAGCCGAGGCCUCGAAUGCAGCAUCCGGGGGAGCAUCCAGAUCUUCAAGCUCUACACCGUCUUCAGACACCCAGAGAACUUCCAACCAGCCUGCUGUGGCUUCAUCUCCCGUAGCGAGGCCUAUCACAGCUCAAUCUACCACAACGAUACCCACAAGCCAACCGCCCCGGCCUGCCACACCGAUGUUAGACAAAGCCAUCUCGGGUCUUGUUCUUGCCCUGCUUUUCAUGGUCCUUAAGAAAGUACUAUACAAUCCGAAUGUUAUCGGGUACGAUUAUUGA